CGACGUUACUUUUAUUAAUAUACACUUCCUUCCCCCUCGGCGAGAGGUGGGGCAAAAAAGCAUGACAAUUGGUGGUGGUGGUGGUGGGGGUGGAGAAUGGUGAGAGCGGUGGACGCAUGCGGAGCAAAGUGAGCAAAGCCGAGGAUCCGCAUCUUGGGACGAGACAAAGGUAUAUAUACAUAUAAAGGAUGAAGAUAAAGUGUGGUCCCUCGGACGACCCAACUCCUACUCAGUCACUUGGUCAUCGGAUAAAGAAACCGUUUUUGGACAAUGGUCGUUUUCUCCAGAAAGUCAUUGAUGACUCUGAUCCCCUUGGUCGCUGCUUUGCCCUCAAAGCGAGAUUCUUCACCGGCGAUCCUUAAUUCGAGCUAUGUCAACCCACACUUUCAGCAAUCCUGUGAUAAUGUCUGGUCCUACUCUACGGAUUCAUUCCAGUACCUGUUGAGUCUGUUGAACGGCACCGAUUCAGAUUUCCCAACGGGUUGGGUCGGUCAAAAUGGAUGGACAAACAUCGCUCAGUGGGACUAUCAACAACACUCUAAACUCUUUUACGAUCAAUACAAGAUCAACGAGACGUAUUACGCUUACAACCCUACGGGAUGUUAUGCGUAUUGGCACAACCCACUCGCUGAUUGUUACAAUGACGACGCGGGUUGGGCGGCGUUGAGCAGUCUGGAAGGGUAUGAGGCGUACGGCGACCCGGUCUUUCUCGCCUGGGCAGAGUCCGUCUUUGAGUUUGUGGACGGACAUGGAUUCAUCCAUCAAUCGGAUCUUGAUGCCGGAUACCUGGUUGACACCAAAUGGCCAAACACGACUCUUCAAGCUACGUGCAAUGGCCAAAGCAUGUACGGUGGUGUCUACUGGAUGAACGGUGCGCCUAUGGACCCCAAUCAAGGUGGGGCUGGCGACCCAGACGUCAAUGCGGUGUCGUCUGGACUGUUCGCUUUGCUCGGUGCUGAACUCUGUCGGAUCACCGGAGACCAAGUUUACUGUGACAGAGCCUACGAAGCUAUUCAGUGGAUUGAUCGAUUCCUAGUCAGACCCGAUGGCUUGAUCUACGACCAUAUCAACGGCACGAGCUGUGAGGUGAAGGACUGGACGUUUACGUACAACGCUGCUCUCUACCUCGGAGCCUAUGGUGUCCUUGGUCAUAUCACCAGUAAUCAAACCGCCCUCGAUAUUGCCAAACAGGUAGCCAUCACGUCAAUGAACACGCCGGUCUGGAAUACCGACCAAGGAGUCAUCUUUGAAGGUGCUGGUAAUGUCACUCAAGGAAACGAUGCAAUCGGAUUCAAAUCCGUCUUGAUCCGCAAUUUGCAUCGUAUCAGUCAAUGGAUGGACUCUGAUGUUCAAGAAGCCAUACGACAAUACGUCAAUAUUCAGUAUUGGAGUCUCGUCAACAAUGAUUCAAACAAUCCCAAUAUGCCUAUUCAGUAUGGCCGAAAUUGGACCGGAACGUAUGAGGUGUCUACUGGACAAACCAUGGUCGCUGCUUUGGACGUCCUCAAUGCGCUCAUCCUCAAUCCUCAGUCUGCAUUCCCAGACACCAACGUCACGAAUAUGCCCGUUAUCGGGAUUUGAUGGAUGGCAACGACGAGUGCAGCUGGGUUGGACAGGAAAGGGCUCUGAAAACGGUAUCCCGUCGAGGUUCAGGACGACAAAAUAUAAUGGGACAUGAGCCGGAACUUGGACAGCAUUGAUGAUAGUCGUGCGGACAGAUGAGAUUCUAAUCCACCAUGAAACAUGAAUCCUGAAGCUUGUUCCGAACGAACAAUCAUUCACAGCACAGAAACCGUGGCG